AUGGCCGUUUUUCUUCCUUCUCGAGCAAUUGUCUUUCAAAACCCAAAGAAACCCCAAGUUUUCAACAUAAUUGGGGAACAUGGGGUCUCAGUAAAUGAGAAGAAGAAUAGGGAUGUGAAUCCAAUCAUUGUGAUUGACAAUUACGACAGUUUCACCUACGAUCUUUGCCAGUACAUGGGAGAGAUGGGCUGUGCAGUUGAAGUCUACAGAAAUGAUGAACUCACUGUAGAGGAAUUGAAAAAGAAAAAUCCUAGAGGGAUACUCAUAUCACCUGGACCAGGUACGCCGCAGGAUUCAGGAAUAUCGUUGCAAACUGUUCUGGAACUUGGACCUGUUGUGCCUCUAUUUGGUGUUUGUAUGGGAUUGCAAUGCAUUGGGGAAGCUUUUGGAGGAAAGAUUAUCCGCGCACCGUCUGGAGUCAUGCACGGUAAGAGCUCUCCUGUGUUUCAUGAUGAAAAGGGGGAGGAUGGUUUGCUUGCAGGAUUGCCGAACCCUUUUACUGUCGGUAGAUAUCAUAGUCUUGUGAUUGAGAAUGAAAGUUUUCCUGGUGAUGAACUUGAGAUUACAGCAUGGACUGCAGAUCGGUCGAUUAUGGCAGUCCGUCACAAAAAGUAUAGGCAUCUUCAGGCGGUUCAGUUUCAUCCAGAAAGCAUCAUAACAACUGAAGGCAAGAUUAUAGUCCGCAACUUUCUUAAACUGGUUGACAAAUUUGAGAAUGAGUAA